AUUAAGUUGUGCGUAUUAAAUGUAAAAUAAAGUCAGCCAUCUAGUGGCCGUUACAGUCGUUGUUCGUUUGUUCUGUGUUAAUUGCUCAUCGCCAUGGCAUACGGACGGAUUGGCGUGAUAGUUUCAGGUGUAAUAGCAGCGAGCUUGUGUUUUAGUGCAGUCAGUGCCACACUGUUCCCAGAGCGAGUUCCGGAGCUCGAGUCUAUUAGCUUAUUGUUCCCGAAUGAGGAGGAAAGUGUGACAGAUUGUCUAUACUCAAUUUACGGAUACGGAGGGAUAGGACUGGCAAGCUCAAUAUUCUCUGAUCGAUAUGUCGACAAAACUUACAGCCACACGGUUCGCGUACGACUUGGGGCCACAACCUGUGUCGGGCUGAUCGUUAAUGAAAAUCAUAUUCUUACGUCGUCAGAUUGUGCUUCAGCUGAGGAAGAGCUAUUACCCGAGGUUAAGCUAAACAACGAGACUGUUGAUGCGAUAACAGUUUUAAAGUUGUUCCCUCAUCCAAACUAUAACGUUACACUGCUUCGUCUUUCAACCAGUAUUGAAUUCACACAACUAGCUGUUCCGGUCUGCUUCUGGGAUGAUAUGUUUGAUGAUGGCUUUGAAAAAAUUCAAUCAAUCUCAACGGCACCAAACGGUAAUCUGACAUUGGAUGAGACGGUGUGUUCUUUCCAAAAUCGCAAGGACUGCUUAAAGGAUCUUCUGCUGAAGAGCACUAUGUUACAGACAAGAGCAAUCGCUCACUAUCACAUGCAUCCGUUUGUGUUAACUUUUGGAACGGAUGAGGAUGGUAACACCCUGCCUGUAUCUAAAUACAUUGGCUGGAUAGAAACGGUCACGGAAAUGAAUAUUACUUCUUCCGAAUGCGUUUCUAAGUACAACGAUCUUCGCGAAUAUGAAGAUUCAAUGGUUUCCAGGAGUGAUAACUAUCAAUCUGUGCAGUAUUCAAAAUCUCGUUUAUCGAUUACCAGCGUUGAUCAAUAUAAAGUGCGCAUCUUACCGAAUACGGCGGAAACUGGCUCCAAAAGGCAUUGCUACGGAUCACUAAUAGGACCUCAGUUUAUUCUGACGGCAGCCAACUGCUUGAAGCAAUACGUCGACGUCAACUUUUCCGUUGAGAUGGCACAGCCAAAUGUGUAUUAUCCGAUGAGAGAUAACAAAAUUCGAGUGCGCACCAACGCCCGCAAGGUGCAUUAUCAUCCAGAGUAUGAUGCGAGUACAUUUGCAAAUGAUAUUGCCCUGUUAGAAUUGAUGACUCCUAUUUAUCACUUCAAUAAAACUGUACUACCGGCUUGCAUUUGGUCCCGAGACAAGUUGCCGGUGAGCGAGUUCCAAAGCAACGGGUACGUGCCAUACAACGAGACGAUCGAUGAUUCCGUACGAACUGAUCAGCUUUAUGCGACCGCCGACGUAUACGAUGACUGUGUGGAGAAGGUGCCACAGCAUAAGAUUUGUGCUGGGUUCCCGACAGCAUUGGUACCCCGGUUUUGCCACAACAGCAUCGGUUCCGCAUUGUCACGCUCGUUAUUCGCAUUCAACCGAUACUUCGAGUUCAUAUUUGCGAUCAACAGUCAGGGCGAGAACUGUGGAUUUAAUUUGCCGACCGUGUACACGAAAAUAGCACCAUACAUCCCAUGGAUUGACAGUAUUAUGUUUGCCCCGAAAGUUCACUACGAAGACGAUACCAAAUACUACGGUGAUCGCUGUCAGGAUGCCAGCGGUGCCGAGGGUACCUGUGUCAGUCUGCAAAAUUGUCCGCGGCUCGAAUAGGUAGUUAAAAAAGGCGGUGAGAUUAAUUCCUUCGGUACUUGCUCAUUUGGGAAGCAUACCGAAACGGUGGUAUGCUGCUCAGAAGAGAACAUGCUGGUUGAUGAGGAUCAUCGGGAUGUAGUAGCGCAAGUAUCCGAGGAACUAGAAAUGUGCCAUCUGCUUUAUCAUGAGUACCGCAGAAAUAAGUCUCCCUAUCAGGUGGAUAAUUUUCCGACCUAUCCGUACUUGAUUCGAAUUGAAGACAAUGAGAACCGAACUUGCAAUGGUACGUUAGUGUCCAAGCAGUUUGUCCUAACCACUGCAACCUGCUAUCAAAAAUUGGCACAUGAUGAAGCUAUGAUCGUAGCUGGAAAUAGUACGAAACAAAAACGAAAUGUUCUGGGUGCGUUCGUACAUCCAGAGUUUGGCGGCGUACCAGUGGAGUACAAUUUAAUGCUGCUGAAGCUAGAUAGCGAAGUUAAAAUCAACAACGAAACCAUCCCGGCAUGUCUGUGGCAGAAUCAAACCCACACGCCUUUACGACUGGAGGAAGCAUUUGCCAAGCCACACUAUAAACACCAGUACCGGUUCCCUCUGUUCAACAGACAUUGCCAGCUGAAAUACCCCAAAUGCAAUGUUACCAAUCUAAAUAUGUGCGUUGAGAAGGAUAACAUGUACUAUCAUCAUGACAUCCAUAUUGAUACGGAUGGUGGUAAUCCUCUUGUAUGGCACGUUGCAGAGGGUGUUGAAGAGUGUAAGAUAACAUACAUGGUAGGCCUUUUUGGAUCCGGUCAUUCAGUGGAAAAUAUCAAUGAUGAUAAUAAUGAUGAGGACGACUAUGGAGCACAUCCCAGCCGGCUAUAUUAUACCGUGUACCAGAGGAUCAGCGAACAUUACAACUGGAUUAAGAAUGUGAUUACGGUGGAAAUGCAAAACAAUGAUAACAUAGAGUUCACAACAGAGCAAGGAUUAUAGAACUAGACGGAGAACUACGGAUGCUAUCGUGAUCAUCACACUUCCGAAUGCUGCCGAAAGUCCCGCGCUAUGAACAACGCCUCCACCUCCAGGAGGUUUCUCGGUUGUUCCUUCGUAAUUUUGUUCCACUAGCCAGGACGAUAUGGUUUCGGAGUACUUCUCCAUCCAUCCCAUGUUUUGUUCAGCUUGCGCAAUGGCCGCUUUCGCAGCAUUCUUUGCUGUGUUGGAAAGAAUGUCUUCAAAAUCUUCGACAAUGUUCCUCAAC